AUGCUUUACUUCCUGAAAUGCAACAGUUUCAGAUCUUUUGCAUCAAUGGCCGCCGAAGCGUUCAAGAAGCACGAAGUUGUUCCAGAUGUAAUUGGCACGGCUCCAACGAAAAUUGUCAAAGCACACUAUGAUAGCGGAGUUGAGGUGAACCUAGGGAACGUACUGACACCGACGCAGGUGAAAAAUCCACCAAAGCUCACGUGGGAUACUGAACAAGGAGCGUUGUACACCGUUAUCAUGACUGAUCCGGAUGCACCAUCACGCAAGGAACCGACGUAUCGUGAAUGGCACCAUUGGCUUGUCGUAAAUGUCCCUGAAAACGACGUUAACAAAGGAGAUGCACUCGCUGAAUACAUUGGAUCUGGGCCACCAAAAGGCACUGGCCUCCAUCGCUAUGUGUUCCUUGUUUACAAACAACCCAGUGGUCGUAUCAGUGACUCCGACCACGGCCACUUGACAAAUCGAUCAGGUGAUGGCCGUGGUGGUUUUAAGACAGAGAAAUUUGUUGCAAAACACAAGCUUGGCACGCCAAUUGCAGGAAAUUUCUACCAGGCUGAGUGGGACGACUAUGUGCCGAUUCUCUAUAAACAACUCGGUGCCUGA